AUGUCGCCUACACUGUGGAUAAGCCUAUUCAUUGCUCUCGUAAGCACUUGUGUUUUUACCAUCGGCCGUGGACGUAAAAGACAGUACCCGCCGCUCCCCCCGGGCCCUCAACGGAUGCCCAUCAUUGGCAAUCUGGUAGAUUUGCCUAAUCCAAAGGAGCAAGAUUGGCAGCAUUGGCUUAAACAUAAAAAUCUCUAUGGACCCAUCAGCUCACUCAGCGUGUUGGGAAAAACGAUCAUUACUCUCAACGACGCUGAACUUGCUGUGCAGUUGGAAAAAAGAUCGGUUAUUCACUCCCUGCGCCCGCAGCAGACAUUUACCGAUAUGUCGGGCUGGAACGAAAUUCUCGGGGCACUCAGAAAGCCAGAGAGCGUCCGAAAGACUCGUAAAAACCUAUACCAAGAGAUUGGAUCUAAUAAGUCUGUAUCCAAUUUUAAUGGUAUUCAGGAAUUAGAGGUAGCUCGUUUCUUGCUGAGGGUCUUGUAUUCCCCAGAAAAGCUUCAACAGCACAUUCGAAAAGAGGCUGGCGCGAUCAUCUUGAAAAUUGGCUAUGGCUAUACUAUCGAGCCUCAUGACAGGGACCCGCUCGUCGAUCUGGCCGAUAAAGCAAUGGAGGACUUUUCCUAUGCAUUGCGCCCCGCAACUUGGGCAACUUGA